CAAACCGUUAGAGGAAGGCGCCAUAGUGUUGACUGCAUUGCAUUCUGUGUAGAGAGUGGAUGUCGUGUCACCAGCAAAAGUACACAGAAUAUUCUAACCUUGUUAUUGCACUCAUUUAGCUGCUCUGUGAGCUUUUUAAAAUUCUAUAGAGCGAUGGCUAGCUGGAGACUAUGGAUGCUAUGUCUUGCUGCACUACUCGUACUGGAGGGUCAUUGUGGUGUACAGAUCAGCAACUGUGUGAACGGCAGUGUCGACAUUGCUGAGGACACGAGUCCAUCAUUUACAUGUGGUACUAUUCGUAGCGGCUGGAUAAACUGGUUGGCUGAUGACCUCCAUAUUGGUUCUUGCAAUAAGGACAGCUGCAUACUAAAAAGUAACAUUUAUAAACUACGUUCAGAAAGUUCAUCUGCUGGUCUUAGUUCCGAGCUUACGAUAACAAAAAUUGACAGAUUCACAGCUCGUCGUUUAGUUUGCCUAUAUACCGGAACAGAGUGCCGUUUGAGAGUAUUCGCGCCUGCUAGAAUUGUUCCUGAAAACUGCAUUAUCACGAUAUCAAACUGGCGGGUUCAAGGGUCAUGCCAAGUUGAAAACAUGUUCAUGUUAAGUGACAAUUAUAUUUGCACCUGGCGUGAAAACAGUACCAAGAUCCCAGGUGAUUUCCAAGGUCACCGGCAAUAUUAUGGGAAUUUGUCUAAAACUUACUGGAAAGAAGUUUGCUCCUUUACUAAAUUAAUGCCUGUUCACCAAAGCAAGUUUACCUACGGCAUUGAAAUAAAUCCUGGUCAUCAGGAUUUCUUCGUUGAAACUAUUAAUAUAAUACUUCCAGAAAAACCUGAGUACAACUGUACAGACACUGUUAUUGAGGGAUCCAAUGUUACCUGCAUCUGUACCUCCUUAAACAUGGGCAACCCACCAGCAAGCUUGGCUUGGGAUGGAAAGACUGAUGGAAUAUUACUUCUGCAGAAUGUUGGGACAGAAAAUGACAACAGCAUCUAUACGUGUCGUUUGACAUGGGGUCCGAAUGGGUUUAUUAACCAUACAAUUGUUUACACUCUGAGAGUAGUAGAAAGCGAACAGGCAUCAGCAGCAGACUUAAAGAGAUGGAUGAUUGGUGGCGUAGUUGCAACAGUUAUUAUAAUCACUAUUAUCGGAGCACUCAUUGUUGUCUACAUGGUUAAACGACGAAAAGAUAGGAUACACAGCUCGAGAGGUGUGAAACUUGUUCCUCCGCCAUUUUGAGGAAAAAGUGAAGUUGGAAGUGGAAAACGAUGACGAUGACUUAGACAAAUAUACCGACGUAAAAGACUAUAAUUAUAGACGUACGUGACGAUGAAUUAAUUCACUAAACACAAUUAGAAGAGCAGCACAUUGCCGAAGCAGACGAUAUCGACAGCCAUCCGAAACAUCAUUCAUCAGAGACAACAAAUCCCAUCAAAAUAUACCUCCUGGAGGACAUUCCUGAUUCAGAAGGUGAUUUUGGUGAUUAUUGGUGUAAAAACCUUCGUGGUAUAUCGAUGAAGCUGGUUUUCCUCACCACGCCAGGUGUGCAGAGCCCACUAAACGUUCCACCCUUGGAAGACUGUAAGCUGAAUGAUUUCUUGAUACUAUUUAUUAGUAAGGAAAAGGUUAAAAAAAAUGAAGGUACAGACAAAUGUUAUGCAGUAAUAGAUAACACUAAAAAUCUAAUGUUUCUAUUUCAUCUAGUUUUAAGGUAAUUUUUUGGAGGUGAUGAGAUACACAUGCUGUAACAUUUUCUUGCAAUAAUUAACCUCAUAAGCAUUGAUUACAAGCACAGAAUCAGUGAUUACUGGGCAAAAUGUGCAAUUUCACAGUCGACAUUUGCUUCUCAGAUAAUGAAGCGUUGUAGGUUUUAUGAGUAAACUAAUUUUUUUCAUAUACAUGGCAGUUCUGUAGCAGUGCUAAAGUGGCAACAUGGUUGUCACCCUCUUCACAAAUUCAGACCCUUCAUAAACCUUUUCAAUAAUACAACAUGCAUCCCGGAGCAUCAUAUCAGCAUUGACAAGUCCAUGUGUCCAUGGAGGAGCCAGAGAAGGUUCAAGGUGUACAUGAAGGAGAAGCGGAAUGCCUGGACUGAGCAAUUGUACUAUGGUGUGCUUCAACGCCAAAUGCCAAACAACAAACAAGACCUGCACCACUCCAGGACCUGAGCAAUUUCAUGAUUUGUAAAAAUGUUACAACAAUAAUAAGAGAAUUGUACUUUUAAUCUUUCAGGAACGAUUUUUAAAGGAAAGAUUAGAGAUUUUGGCAUUACUUUAGUAAUAACUGUCAUCGCAAGAAACCAUUAUAUUAGUCCUGUAAAGUUGUCAACAGGUCGCAGAUCCUUAUUAUGUUGUUCUGGAGACCUAUACACCAUUUCUGAGAAGAAUUACAGUAUUAGAAAUUCUGGUUCAACAUCAUGACUUUCAUCACUUAUGACUGUACAAUGUAGUUGACCUGUUUCUUUCUUUGUUUUCUUCGUAAUAUAAUGAUGUGAAUGAGUAUGAGAGUGUGUAUGUGUGUGUGUAUGUGUGCAUUUUGGCCAUAUUAUGUAUGCCAGUGUUCGUAUAUAUAUACACACAGUAUCCAUAUAGUUACCGUUAUCACUGACUCUUAUUCCCUAUUA